AUGGGCCACACUAAAGAACUUAUUGAUCAAUUCGGUCCUGAAGUAGAUGAUUCUUCAAUUUUAGAGACGAUGGAAUCAUUGUUGAGAAUACAUGCUCUAUCGGUUGAAGACUUAUUUAUCAAGUGGGAACAGUUUUCUGUUCACAGGAAUGAAACUCAUACAAAAUUAAAUCAAAAAAAUUUGGAAUCAUAUAAGGACUUUCUCCAGCAACAAGUAGAAAAAAGAGCCCAGCAGAUUGCAUCAUCAAGUAAUGUACAUUCGUCUGGUGUAAAACCAAAGAUUGUAAAGCCAAUUGGUUCUAGCCCUUCCUUAUUCGGUUUUAAUAUACCAAAAACACCUACAUUGAAGAAACGUAAAUUAAAUGUCAAAGAUAGCAAUGGUGGAUCCGUCAGUAACACUUCGUCAAAACUUGAAUUUAGUGCAGGUCCAGCAAAUACAAUAGAUAUCCGCGAUGAAGGCUCUCAGACGACUACACCUAAUAUCAUGAACUCAAGUAUUCUAGAAUUAGGUUCAGAUGUCAUAGCAACAACACCAGCACCAUUGAAAAGUAGUCAUGAAUCAGGUAAGAUUUUGGACUCUUUAAAUCCAGAAAAUAUGGAAGUAGCAGAAGGCUUAGAUUUUGAAAGUGAAGAUAAAGUGAGGAUAUCGCCAUAUUUUGAUGCUCAAAAGUUCAAAUUUAGGACUAUGAGACAAAAUUUGCAAGACGCCGCUGAUGUUCUUGAUUAUCAAAUAGAAAUGUUCAAAACAAUCAUUCAAAAACAUUAUGAAUUAACAAAUAGCGAUUUUGGUGAUCCAACUAUUCAAUCUCAGUCAGAAAUAUACACCGUUGGUAGAAUUGUCCCUGAUUCUCCAACUGCAGAGGGAUUCUUGAAUACUGAAUCACUAGCCUUGGAGACAUCAAGAUCAGGCGGUAUUGGUAGAAGAGUUAGAUUGGAUUUAACAAAAGUAGCAGAACUGACACUAUUCUGUGGACAACUUGUAGCAUUUAAAGGAAAAAACGCCAAUGGUGAUUAUUUUAUGGUGGAAGAAAUUAUAUCACUUCCAUAUCCAGAUUCACCUGUUUCUACUUCAGAUGAUAUCCAAGAAUCGCAAUUGUUAUUAGAUAACAAAUCCAUGAAAGUAGUUAUAACCAGUGGACCAUAUUUUCCUGACAACAGUUUUGAUUUAGAAUACUUGGUCUCUUUUGUAGAAAAGAUCAAUAACGAAAUUAAGCCACAUAUUUUAAUUAUGUUUGGACCGUUUGUUGAUGUCACAAAUCCUCUAGUAGCCAAAGGUGCUAUUCCAAACUUUCCAAAUUUAAAAUCUCAACCAAAAACUCUAGAUGAAAUAUUUACAAAAGUUUUUGUUCCUCUAUUGAAAAACAUAAACUCUAAAAUCCAAAUAAUCCUAAUUCCUUCAACUCGUGAUUCUGUUUCAAAACAUGCAGCAUAUCCACAAGAUAGUUUGGAUAGGAAAUUACUACAAUUGCCUAAAAACUUCAAAUGUUUUACUAACCCUUCUACUUUUCAACUAAAUGAAGUAUUCUUUGGAUGUUCCAAUGUUGAUUUAUUUAAAGACAUGAAAGAGAUAACAAAAGGUGGUAAUACCUCGAUGAGAAAUAGGUUUGAUAGAGUUUCUGAACAUAUGUUACAACAAAGAAGAUAUUAUCCUGUUCUUCCUGGUGGUAUUAAGAAACAACCAAUUACUGAAAAUGGCAAGAAAAGGUACGUACAUAUUUCAGGAGCAGAUCUAGAUGUUCCUUAUCUAGGUUUAACUGAAUUUAUCGGCGGAUUUGCUCCUGACGUUAUAAUUGUCCCGAGUGAACUUCAAUAUUUUGCUAGAGUUAUCCAAAAUGUCGUUGUGAUUAAUCCUGGAAGAUUUGUCAGACCAAAUGGUGGAAGAGGUACUUUCAUCCAAAUGACAAUAGAAAGUCCUAACUUAGAAAAUGGGAAAUUGACUAAGAUGGGUGAUCAAGAAGAGAUAUAUUUGCAUAACAUUUGGAAAAGAGUUAGAGUAGAUAUUGUUACGAACUAG